AGACUCAGAGCUCAUUUCAUAAUUUAAUUUUCCCUCUCUCAAAACAAAAUUAGAAAUUCAUUUCAACAAAAUUCCCUCACUAGUUUUUUUUUUUUAUCAAGAAAAGAUUUUUAUUAAUCAAACAAACUGAUUACAAACCAAAAAACAGAGCCAAUUUUCCACCCUAUUACCUUGUAAAGAAACUAUAUACAAAUAUAUAUGGCGAAAAUAUUCUCUUCUCCAUCGCGAAUAAUAGAAUUCACAAUCUUAUCUGGAGAAAAUCUUCGAAUUGAUGGGAGAUGGAUCAAGAAAAAUUCCUUCGUCAUUAUUAGGCCAUCAGAAGGAGGAAACGAUCACUUCAGAACGACGGAGAUUGAUACCCAAGGUGGAAGUUACCCAAAGUGGAACGAAAAACUCGUACUCGAAUUGCCGGCUCAAUCGCCGGCGGUGAGUAUUGAAGUUUACUGCAAAACUGUGUUCGGGAAUAGACUCGUCGGUGUUGCAAGGGUGCCGGUUUCUGACUUUUCAGGCGGGUAUGUGCCGGAGAAUUACUUGCAUUUCUUGAGCUACAGACUGAGAGAUCAAAAAGGCGAAAGGAAUGGGAUUGUUAAUAUUUCUGUGAGAACGAAGGUUCCACUUCCACUUCCACUUCCUCUUUCAGUUCCACCCACCCCAACUGAGUACUCCUCUUGUUCGGCGUCGGCUCCUCUGGUUGGUGUUCCGGUGGGGAAUAAUAGCUUUAGUGGUGGCGUUGUCACAGGGAUUCCUGUAUGGUGUGCUUCUCAUGAUCAAAGAAGAUUUAAUAACUAAUAAUAAAUAGGAAAAUUAAUGUACUUUUUAGAUUAGGAAUAUUUAAGUUAAUAUUAUUAUGUACAAUUGUACAUGUUCGAGUGAAUAAUAAUGGAAUAAUUUGAAGACAAAUAAUUAAUCAAAUACAGAAAACAUAAUUAGUUGGGUUA